AUGUUCACGUGCCUCGAUAUUGAAAGCCAUGCCUUUGAAGCCUCUCUCCUAAUUGCGAAUUUCGGUUACCUCGUCAACCUCUCGGCCCAAACUCUCUCCGCCAUAGUCCUGUUCAUAAUGUCACUGCAGCCGGACACAUCCCAUCUUUCCCACUCGGGUUGUUGCAAAAAGACUUGGGCGAACGCUCUGGCUCUGUUCUGCAUCUUCGGAGCCCCUGCAAGCAUGACGAUUCAGCAGUUGUUUGCUGGGCGUAAAGAACCGCGAGUCACCGGAAGUAUGGCACUUCGGGCUUGCAGUUUCUUACCUGACACCUCGACAUUAUACUUUCUUCUCACUCCGGCGGUUUUGUUGCUUGCAAUCCAAUUUAUUGUGAUUAGUGUGGCUCUUCGACGAUGGUGCCCCGGUGACGGGUUCGGCAAAAGCUUCAAGCGACAGGAACGACUUGUUGUCCUGUUGAAGACUUGCAUCGGAGAGCUCUUUGUUUGGAGCGUGGCGCUCAUUGCCAGAGUCACCUCCUCGACAACAUUUUGGAACAUUUUCACUCUGUGCAUGGCUCUGCAGUCAAUCUUCUCAACGACGGUUUGCAUACUUUCAAGGUCAGUAAUCGGCGCUACUUUAGCGUCUCGGUACAAAUCCAGUCUGGAACCUCCCAGUUACCCGAACACAUUUCCCCAUUCUACCAGCGACGACGACAGAUAUUUGGGACACAUGAGGCAGUGCAAAUUGUCUGACGAUAAUGAACGCUUUUACUAUUAG